AUGGAGGGGGCGAGGGAGGAGCUCGCGGGCGAGCUGCGCGCCUUGGAGGGAAGGUCGACCGCCUCCUUUGAAGGAGACGACGCGGUGGACGACAUGUGGAACUUCCUGCUGCCGUGGUGCGACCACAUCAGGGGCGCUGUGGGCUUGUGCGAGUGCGAGAGCUCGGACUCGCCCCAAAGAUUCAAGCUGCGAGAGGCGCUGAGGCUGCUCUCGGUCGUGGCCUUGGUGGACAGUGACGCGUGGAAGAAACUGCUGAUACGGCCUCCUAGGAGCGACGUUGGCAGCAUGCUACGUGGUAUCUUUGUGCAGGAUGCGGGCCCCGAACACGCACUUGACGGCGACUUGGCGUUCUUCUGUGGGGCCGAGCAACAUGACCGGCGUAGCAGAGAAUACAAGGCGGCGUUGAAGGAGCUCGUCGAGAUUUGGAGGGGGACACGAGAGCUAGGAGCUGUUCCAGACGAAAUUGAUGUCCCAAUCACGAUCCAAGUGCGUCCAACUCAUGCGGAAAGUGGGGGAGGUUUGGCUAACUACUCGCAGAAUGUGUUGAGGGUGGUUCGCCAUCUCCGAGACCAGACGUGGCCCCCGAUGGGGCGGGGGAAUGACCUUCCGAGAGUGACGUUUACCAUAGCUUGCGAUGGUAUUUGCUGCUCGGGGAUGCGUUUUUGGUCGGAGCUUGGUUACACGUUAGCAGCUCCUGCGAAGCAUGCAGCCGCAAGGAGAUCUACACCUUUAUUACUCACGAGUAUUUUUGGUGGAUCAGCGGAAGGGAAUGGAGGACAAGUAAUGACUGGCCCGCGAGCCAGCCCGUCGACAACUCCCCGUCAAUUCAGAUUGGACUCAGUAAGCAUAUCCUGCCUCCCCUUUAGGACAUGGUUCUUUGAGCGGGCGUGCUCUGGAGCAGCCGUGAACCAAACCACUAACCACGUAUCGAUUUCAAUGGUCUUGAGCGAGGAACAAGCCACAGAAGUCGUCACGUGGAGGUGGCGGUGGAUUUGCUACGGAUUCUUUUCUAAGUAUCCGCAGCGCCUGUCAUGCCUGAAGACACUUACUCUUCAAGAUGUGAUUCUUACUGGACAAGAUGUUGACGCGAUGCGAGAGGUUAUGACGUCGAACUAUCCGGAAGAAGACCUGCUGGCUAUUUCAUCAAGCCAAAGACACGCAUACGACUACACACCCAUGAGCCCGAAUGAAACCCUCGAGAAAAACGCGGCCUUCACAGUUGCCAGAAAGAUUCGUGGUAUCAAGCUCCUGACGGAUAAAAUUGAGAAUGGAUGGGUAGAUGUGCUGGUACCUGGGUUUGGGAAGUGCCAAAUUCGCCGAUCUAACCUCGUUCAAGAGGAGGAUUUACCCGAUGGUACACUGUCGACAGGCAUUUCGUCGCUGAUGCUUGUGCUCAAGACCGAUCCGGAUGACGACGUUCUGUGCCGAUUUCUGGAACUGAUUGGAUCGUCACUGGUGUAUUUGUCAAUCCAAGUUUCGAACUUUCGCACAUCCAUGCUGGAGAGAAUUGCUGCCAACUGCCCGCAUUUGAGAGAAAUUGCCAUAUCGACGCCUGCUUUCAAGAUUCGAUUUGAAGUUCGUGACAGCAGAUUACGGAACCAGAUAACGUUGCACCCACAGGCGCCAGCCUCGUUGGGAGUCUCGUCAUGUUUUUUCUGUGCGCCCCAGUCCUCAUUGGCUAGUUCGGUGAGGCGUCUACGUGUUCACAUCGGGACCGACGCUAAUGGUACCGGUACACUGCCAUUCCAGGAGUUUUGUAUAGCACUGCUAUACAUGCUUAGACGGAACCGCACGGUGGAAUACCUUGAUAUCGUGGUGUCGGACUUCGAGCUGACCCAGUAUCAAGCAGCAUUAGCAUUGCUGUUCAAGAAGUACCAUCGCCAGAGCCUGCCUGUCAUUAGGAAAGCGUUGCCUUUGAAAGCGUAG